CUUCGGCAUUGGCUUCCGGCCGCCGGCAUCCGGCCCUCACUUGCAGCCUUUCCUCUGCCGUCACCGCUGCCGCCGCCGCCAUGGGCAUCCUGGAGAAGAUCUCGGAGAUCGAGAAGGAGAUCGCCCGGACCCAGAAGAACAAGGCUACUGAGUACCAUCUUGGUUUGCUGAAAGCAAAACUUGCCAAGUACAGAGCACAGCUCUUGGAACCCUCCAAAUCUGCCUCCACCAAAGGAGAAGGCUUCGAUGUGAUGAAAUCUGGAGAUGCCCGAGUGGCACUGAUUGGCUUUCCUUCUGUGGGUAAGUCUACGUUCCUGAGCUUAAUGACAUCCACGGCCAGUGAAGCUGCAUCCUAUGAAUUCACCACUCUGACAUGUAUCCCAGGUGUCAUUGAAUACAAAGGAGCCAAUAUUCAGCUCUUAGAUCUUCCUGGAAUCAUUGAAGGUGCUGCACAAGGGAAAGGCAGAGGUCGACAGGUGAUUGCUGUGGCUAGGACAGCUGAUGUUGUCAUCAUGAUGCUGGAUGCCACCAAGGGAGAAGUGCAGAGGUCCCUGUUGGAGAAGGAGCUGGAAUCUGUGGGGAUCCGGCUCAACAAACACAGACCCAAUAUCUACUUCAAGCCAAAGAAAGGUGGUGGGAUCUCCUUCAAUUCAACAGUCACACUGAGCCAGUGCUCUGAAAAGCUGGUGCAGCUCAUCCUCCAUGAAUAUAAAAUCUUCAAUGCUGAAGUUCUCUUCCGAGAAGACUGUUCACCAGAUGAGUUUAUUGAUGUGAUUGUUGGCAACCGAGUGUACAUGCCCUGCUUAUAUGUUUAUAACAAAAUUGAUCAGAUCUCAAUGGAGGAAGUUGAUCGCCUGGCACGAAAGCCCAACAGUGUUGUCAUUAGUUGCGGGAUGAAGCUCAACCUGGACUUCUUGCUGGAGAUGCUUUGGGAAUACUUGGCCCUGACAUGUAUCUACACCAAAAAAAGAGGACAAAGACCAGACUUUACAGAUGCCAUUAUUCUCCGGAAAGGAGCUUCUGUAGAACAUGUGUGCCACCGGAUUCACCGAACGCUUGCCAGCCAGUUUAAAUAUGCUUUAGUGUGGGGAACCAGCACAAAAUACAGUCCUCAGAGAGUGGGAUUGACACAUACGAUGGAGCACGAGGAUGUCAUCCAGAUAGUUAAGAAGUAACCUUUCCUGCUGCUGAUCAUCAGUGCCUGACCCCGCCCUAAUUCCUAGAGUGGCAUCUGAUUGACUGUUAUCAUCUAUAAGCCAAAAAAGGAGGAAAAAAAAGGAGGUGGAGUGGGGGGUUGGGAGGGAGGGAGUGUGCCCAAGAAAGAAAACCUAGAAAGACCCUGGGGUCACGUACGUAUGCUUCCAUGAAGCUUGUUCAAUAGGAGGAUGAGGAAAGACUGACAAGGAUCUGGUGUGGGCCAGAGGUAUUUGCACAGUAUGGGCAUUUUGCUCUUGUAGGAGUGGUGGUCCUAAACUAGGGUAUCUGGAGUCUGUAACCAGAAAUCAGAACUGAGCCCCUCCCUCCCCACCCCCGACUCUGCUUAGGCCCCCACAGGCUGUUGACCAUCAUGCCAAAGUGGACUUGUCGCCUGGCAGCAGCUUGCUUGGGCCAUUGGCUAUAUGGAGCUCAGUGUGUCAAGUAGCUUUCACUUGGUGGAGAGGAGGGGGCGCUAAGAGUCAUGUUGGAAUCUGUGUCCUUGUCCUUAGGGCCUCUCAGUGUGUAUUUCUCUUUCAUGGAUGGACUAGUAUGAGAAUGAUUAAGAGAGUUCUAAUGUGACAUGGUGAGGCUUUUUCCGUCCUGCUGUCCCUUCAAUGAGACCCCUCAUCUCUUAGGAGAUGUGACUCCUGGCUCUCUUUGUUCUACCACUUUGGUACCUGGAGCAAAUUUGCGCCCUUUGAGCCCUUCCCUAUCCUUUCUGAGCCCCCUCCUAUUGCACUAGGCAUCCUGAAAGGACCCCAGGCCACCCUGUGACUGGAGGGGUGAAGAGUAGAAAUCACCUCACCAGCGACAAAUAAACAAAUAAAGACUCUUCCUCCCAUUUCCCUUUUUAGGUCUGUUGGAAAGUCUACCACUUUUGGCCUUGUUCUUUUAUGUUCUUUCUCCUUUUUAUCUUGUUGCAGUCAGUAUGUACAGAUCUGGUUCUACUCAUUUUAUUCUGUCACCUCAUGUGGGUCUUUCCAUAUUUCCCCAAAUUGUUCACACUUAUUUUUUAUAUGUGUCAGAUUUUCCAAACAGCAAAGGUCAAGAGAAGACCGUUCUCCAGCUUGCUUUCUCCAUAGCAGGCUUUGUAUCCCAAUGGGGUCUCCAGGUCCAGGAGGGAAAUCACAAACCACCAAUGGAGAGCUCCUUUCAGUACUUCUGAAUUUUUCUGAUUGUUUGAUGGCUAAGAGUUCCUGCUGCCUCUUCCUUCCUUUCCUUCCCUGCUGGGGAGGCAGGAUGGGAGGGGGACAGGGGUCCUGUGGAGCUCUGGGGAGGCCCCUGCUUCCUCUUAACUGAAAAUUCUUAGCCAUCGAUGAUGGAUUCCCAAACUGCUGCCUAGUAACCACACAUCUGUUAGAUUUGAGGGUGUUCUGUUUGUUUUUCUUUUUGGAUUGAAGACUAAAACAGAAGAAUGAUUUCUUUUCCAACUAGAUUAAAGGUGGUACUUCAUGUGCAAAGCAAAGACAGCUGCCACUUUCCAGUCAAUGGAAAGCCCAGCUCGUGCCAGCCUUGUCCUCUUUAACUCUAUGGGAGUAAGAAAAGCAAACAGGCACCUGGGUGCUGGAGCCAGAAAAAAGAUGGGGUGCCAAAUGGUCACAGUGUGCAGCUGCUCCCUGUCCUGUUGAGCAGGACCAUGCACUUGAAGAGUGGAAAUAACUGCAUUUUUAUAGCACCAAAAUUUGGAAAGGGCUUUGGUCCCAGCCUUGUUGGGGCAGAAUUUCUAGCAUUAGUCCUACUUUAGGGGUAAGGGGAGGAGCUGUGAUUUUGUUGAUGUAGACAAGUGUCACAGAUUCAUCUUAGUUGCCUAGAGUUACACAGCUGGUGUAUGUUAGAAACAGGACUGUGGUCUUCCUGCCUCUGAGGUCAGCUCUCUAUCCAUUCUGCCCCAUUGUGCAGAUGAGAAAAUUGAUGCUGUAAGUGAUUUGUUCUUGAUCUCACAGUUGGAACAUGGGCCGAAUUUGAAGUCCAGCACUUACCCUGCUAUGCCAGAGAUGUCACACGUGCAUUCUGGCCCAUAACACUCCCCCAUGUAGCCAGAACCAGAGAAAAAUGUAAUUGGGAAAUAUUUAACAAAAUAAAACUACAGUAAAAUAUA